UUUCCCACUGCUAUAAGAUUUCCUCAUUUCACAACUCUUGAGAAAAACAACAGUCUGGCCAGGACUCGGAGCUGUGAGGAGCCUUUUCGUGCUGCUGCACCAAAACAGUAUUUUUCAACACUUUGCAUCGAGUGCUAUGGAGGCCAGAGGGGUUCGCCUGAUGUUCUGCCUCCUGCUGCUGGCACACUGCACGCUCCAGCAGAGCAGCUCCAAGAAAAGAAAUGGCAAGAAAGACUCUGCAAACAGCGCAGCAAUCGAGGAGCUGAAGAAACAGAUCAACGACAUUGUUCAGGAGCUGAAUUUGUUGAAAGAGCACCAGGCUUUGCAAACAGUUUGUCUGAGAGGCACAAAGAUCCUCGGCAAGUGUUUCCUGGCCGACCCGGUGAAGAAGACUUUCCACGCAGCCAGCGACGACUGCAUUGCCAAAGGAGGCAGCCUGGGCACACCUCUGACGGGGGACGAGAACGACCAGCUGUACAGCUACGUCCGCCAGAGCAUCGGCCCCGAGGCGCACAUCUGGCUGGGCGUCAACGACAUGGUGACCGACGGCCAGUGGGUCGACCAAUCCGGGUCCGGCGUGCGCUUCAAGAACUGGGAGACCGAGGUCACCCUGCAGCCGGACGGGGGGCGCGGGCAGAACUGUGCCAUCCUCUCCACCACGGCCAACGGCAAGUGGUUCGAUGAGAGCUGCAGAGCCGAGAAGGCCUCGGUGUGUGAGUUCAACAUCGUCUGAGAGCAGAUUUCUGACAUCGACACGACUCGUACGAACAAUUAGAGCAGCGUGCAGUUAAGAAAUGAAGAGCAUGUGACUGAUAUAUGAGCUAUGAAAAAUAAUGUGCUGCAUUUUCUCCUGGGCUCACGUUUUCUUGACCAAGCCAUUCAGAUCCUAUUCCACUUCACACAGUGGUCUGGGAUUCACCGUGUCAUUGUAUAAGCUAAACUCACUGGCACAUGACAUUCUACAUGCUUUCAGCAAAACACACGGUCUCAAAUACUUAGAACAUAUCAGAUAUUCAUCAAGGUAAACACCACGGGAUGGCUUCACUUUGUUAUGUAUAUUUUCUAAAGCGUUAUUCCGUGUAUACAAAUUCCUUCUCUUUUCUUUUUUCAUUUCUGAAAGUUAUAAAAUAUAAAACAUAAUGUAAUGUCAAUAAACACGUCUCUCCUCAGUGGCAACCCUCAUAUUCUAAAA